AUCCUUUUAUUUCUUACCAUUACUCAGCUACUGAACUUGUUUCUAUAGUGUUGUAUAUUUUACCAUCUGUACUUUGACUUUGUUCUGUACCUUCUGUUGAUUUUUUUUUUUUUCCUUCUCUUUCUCCUCAACACUUAACAAGUUGUCUUUAUUCUUUCAUAUAAAGUGAAUGAGUAUCGCCAUCUUCCUCCUGAAUGAGACAGCUUGGUGUGUCAGGUUGAGGGGAACAGAUGGCCUGAAGAGCUGUGCACCUGUGCCUGCAGUGGGGCAGAGUAGGGCAGGGCAGCCCCAGGCAGGGAGCGGAGUCUGCCCGGGAGACCAGCUGUGCCCCGAUGGGGAUGAGUGUGGCCCUGAAGUUGCCCAUAGGAGGGGCCAGCCUGGGCCUCCAUGUGUUCCUCUCUCUUCCCUCAGCACCAGUGUGACUCACUGCUGACUCCUCCCCUGGGAAGCCCAGGGUACCAGGUGAUGGCGGCUUUGCACCUGUCUGCCCUGCCCCAGGCUGAGGUGACCUUCGAGGACGUGGCCGUGCUAUUCUCCCGGGAGGAGUGGGGCCGUCUGGGCCCUGCUCAGAGGGGCCUCUACAGGGACGUGAUGCUGGAGACCUACAGGAAUCUGGUCUCCCUGGGAGCUGGACCUGCAGGUCCCAAGCCUGGGGUGAUCACACAGUUGGAGCAAGGGGAUGAGCCGUGGGUCCUCGAUGCACAGGGCGCCAAGGGGAAAGAGCGACUGAGAGUCAGUAUCUCAGGUCAUGGGACCAGGACUGAGUACAAGGAGUUGUCUUCAAGGGAGAUGCUUGAUGGGGAAGAACUGGAUCAACUCCAGAGGGCUGUUCCCCAGGGACCUGAUCCUGGAGAGACCCAUGCAUGUGUCUGGGAGCCAGAGGAGAGCCUGGACAAGCUUGUGGAGCAGAGAGGCCUGAGGCCAGUCACACUGACCACUGAUAGUGUCCAGGGGUCUGGGGGAAGCCUCAGGUUUCGGUCAAGCCCUGUCUCUGAUCAGAGACCUCACAAAUGCGAUAUAUGUGAACAAAGUUUCGAACAGAGAUCAUACCUUAAUAACCAUAAGCGAGUACACAGGUCAAAAAAGACAAAUAUAGUCCAUGAUUCUGGGGAAUUCUUCAGUGCAAAUUUAGUUGUUAAAGACGAUCAGAAAAUUCCUCUUGGGAAAAAAUUGCAUUAUUGUGGUUACUGUGGGAAAGCCUUCAGGUACAGUGCUAACCUUGUCAAACACCAGCGGCUUCAUAGUGAAGAGAAGCCCUACAAGUGUGACGAGUGUGGGAAAGCCUUCAGCCAGAGCUGUGAGUUCAUCAAUCACCGAAGGAUGCACUCAGGGGAGAUCCCCUACCGAUGCGGUGAGUGCGGGAAGACAUUCAAUCAGAGGCCCAACCUCAUGAAACAUCAGAGGAUUCACACCGGGGAGAAGCCCUAUAAGUGUGGUGAUUGUGGGAAACACUUCAGUGCCUAUUCGUCCCUUAUUUAUCACCAGAGAAUCCACACUGGAGAGAAACCCUAUAAGUGCAACGACUGUGGGAAAGCCUUCAGUGACGGCUCAAUCCUUAUCCGACAUCGUCGGACCCACACUGGGGAGAAACCAUUUGAGUGUAAAGAAUGUGGCAAAGGCUUUACCCAAAGUUCUAACCUUAUCCAACAUCAAAGAAUUCACACUGGGGAGAAACCCUAUAAAUGUAAUGAAUGUGAGAAAGCCUUCAUCCAAAAAACCAAACUUGUUGAACAUCAGAGAAGCCACACUGGAGAGAAGCCCUAUGAAUGUAAUGACUGUGGCAAAGUCUUCAGCCAGAGCACACACCUUAUCCAGCAUCAGAGGAUCCACACAGGAGAGAAGCCGUACAAGUGUAGUGAGUGUGGGAAAGCCUUCCACAACAGUUCCAGACUCAUCCACCACCAAAGGUCGCACCAUGGAGAGAAGCCUUACAAAUGCAGCGAUUGCAAGAAAGCCUUUAGCCAGGGUACUUAUCUCAUCCAGCACCGGAGGAUCCACACUGGAGAGAAGCCCUACAAGUGUAGCAAGUGUGGGAAGGCCUUCCGGCACAGUUCCAACAUGUGCCAGCAUCAGAGGAUUCACCUCCGGGAAGACUUCUCGAGGUGACCGUGGAGAAGGGCCCAUGAGUUCCGCUGUGCAGUUCCUCCUUAUGACCUAUCCCACCCCUUUAUUUAUUGUCCACACAGUGUUGUUACAGAUGAAGGGCAUUUCUAAUUAAAAACAAACAAACAAAACUCUUUUCUUAAA